CAAGUAUUGGCCUAUAGAGGGCGCUACUAAUCAAAGAUGGCGCCUAAAGUAUUGCACAUGCUUUUUGAGCAUGCAUCUGGGUAUGCAUUGUUCAAGGUGAAAGAAUUUGAAGAAAUCUCUAUGCUCCAACCAGAAGUUGAAGAAAGUGUGAAAGAUCUGAGUAAAUUCAACUCCAUUGUAAAACUGGUGGCAUUUUCUCCAUUUAAAAGUGGUGCAAAUGCUCUCGACAAUAUCAAUAGCAUCAGUGAAGGGGUGUUACAUGAUGACUUGAAGUUGUUCUUAGAGUCUAACAUCACUGGUAAGAAGAGCAAGGUACAACUUGGUGUAAUGGACCCUAAGCUGGCAGGUGCCAUUAAUGAGACUCUGGGACUCAAUGCUUCACAUAUAGGUGUUGUACCUGAAGUGCUGAGAGGUAUCCGCAUGCAUUUUCCAAACCUGAUCAAAGGUCUGAAUGAUGUCGCCCAGAGUAAGGCCCAGCUCGGUCUUGGUCACAGUUACUCAAGAGCCAAAGUAAAGUUCAAUGUUCACAGGGCAGACAAUAUGAUCAUACAGAGUAUCAGUUUGCUGGAUCAACUGGAUAAAGACAUCAACACAUUUGCUAUGAGAAUCAGAGAGUGGUACUCAUACCAUUUCCCAGAGCUCAUCAAGAUUAUUCCUGAGAACUACAUGUAUGCACAGGCAGUUCGCCUCAUUGCUGACCGUAAGACACUUGAUGAGAGUAAACUUGAGGCCCUUGAAGAAGUUACAAUGGACAGUGCUAAAGCACAGGCAGUUCUAGAUGCUUCAAGAUCAUCAAUGGGUAUGGAUAUUGCCCAGUUUGACUUGGACAACAUUGAAAGGUUUGCAGAUCGUGUGAUUGACCUAGCCAAGUAUCGCAAGUCUUUGUUCACAUACCUUCAGGGCAGAAUGAGCCAGGUUGCUCCCAACUUGUCGGCACUCAUUGGAGAACAGGUAGGAGCGAGGCUUAUUUCCCAUGCUGGCAGUCUCACUAACCUUGCUAAGUACCCAGCAUCAACAGUGCAGAUCCUUGGUGCUGAGAAGGCCCUCUUCAGAGCAUUGAAAACUAAAGGAAAUACUCCAAAGUAUGGACUUAUAUUCCAUUCCACUUUCAUUGGUCGUGCUGGGUCGAAGAAUAAGGGUCGCAUCUCCCGAUAUCUGGCAAAUAAGUGUUCCAUCGCAUCUAGGAUUGAUUGCUUCUCUGAAACACCCUCUGCCAUUUUUGGUGAACACUUGAAAGACCAGGUUGAAGAUCGGUUGAAGUUCUAUGAGACCGGUGAAGCUCCUAAGAAGAAUAUUGAUGUGAUGAAAGAAGCCAUGGUUCUGGCAGCUGAUGCGAGUAAGUCAGCAAAGAAAGAAAAGAAGAAGAAAAAGAAAGAUAAAAAACGCAAGCUAGAUGAUACUGCGGAAACGAAUGGUGAUACAACUUUGGAUGACACUAUGAAUGACACAACAGAAGAACCAGACGCCAAGAAGGCCAAGAAGAAGAAAAAGAAGGACAAACAAAAUGAAAGUGUCGUCUCAAAUGGAGAUGUUUCAAUGGAAGCUGAAGUAAAAACACCCAAGAAGAAAAAGAAGAAAGUAAAAGCAUAACAAGGAAUUUUAAGUAACGUUAUGCUUCUUUUUGUCAUUUCAAUUGACACUCAUUUUGUUUUAAUAUAACAACAGAGGUCAUAUUUUAAUAUCUAAAAGAAACAUUUUCACGAAUUCAUUGAGCGAGUACAAGGCAGGAGCCCUUGUAUAUAUAGUGGAGGUAUACUGUAUAUGCUUGCAUAUUGCUGAAUAAACAGACAUAUAUACUUACAAACAUUGUGUUCCAGUGGACAUGUAAACACAAGGCCUUAUGUUUAUAAAUUGUCAUUUAUUAUUACAAAAAAAAUCCAGACAUAUACUGGUAAUUUCAAUUUUAGUUCCAUUUGAGUUUUUUUCUAUCUAUGGAAAAUAUUCUAUGCCAUCCAUAUGUAUUGACACUAAGCCUCGUCUAUGUUGAAUUGACCUUGAUUUUCAAAUCGGCAUGUCCAUUGUCAGAUUGUUCUUGUAUUAUUUCCUGUAGUGGACGUGGAAUAAAUAAUGUAAGCAUA